CACUUUCACUUCCUUCACGUGUUAAACUCCCAAAGCGAACAAGUCCAACAAACAACAAUUAUUUACACAACUCCCCCUCUUUUCCUCCGCCACUACUUUUCUUUCCUCCCUCAAACUCCGAACCCUUUCAAAUUCAACCCCCAUCUCUCCAUGAUCUCCGACGCCGGGCGAUGCCGUCGAAGAGAGAGCGACUCGCCCGCUUCAUCUCCCGCCUCCGAUCCAAACGAACCGGUUCUUCUCUCGUCGUCCAAACCGGGUUUCCGACCUCCCUAGCUGAUCUGGUCGUCAAAAAUCGUGCUAAAUUCCAAAAAAGGAGGAAACCCUCGAACGCCUCCGAGAUCGAUGCGGCAUCCACCGCCGCCGUACGAUCGGAAUCCGAUGGUUCCGUCGACCGCCUGGUCACGGCGGUUGAAACCCCCAAUGAAAUUGAUAAGGAGGUUAGGGUUCCAAUGAGGAGGAGAGGGGACGGGUUAGGGCUAGGGUUUUUGAUGGUAAAGGUGGCGGCUUUGGUGGUUUUGGCGUUCGGGAGGAAGUGGGUCGUUGCCGGAAUUACGAUUUUGGCCUUUGGUGUUUUGGUUAUUGAGUUGAUUGGGGUGAGAUUGUUGAAGUUGGAUUUUGUGGAGAGGAAUGCAGUUGAGAGAUUCGAUUUGAGAGGAAGGGGAUUAGUUUCUCCCACUAGAGAAGUUGAAGUUGAUGAUCAUCAGCGUUCUGAGUGUUUGGAUUCGAGGAGUGAUGAUUUGAAAACUGUCAUUGAGGGUUUUGAUUUGAGAGAAAGAGAGUUGGUUUCUCCGAUAAGAGAAAUUGAGCCCAAGAAUCAUCUGAAUCCUCCGCAAACGGAGAGAAAUUUGGGUAAUCCUGAAGAUCGCAGGGUAUUUGUUGCAGCUGAGAGUGUCAUCGAAAACCAAGAUCUGGGCAGUUCACUAAAGCCCGAGAGGAAGAGGCUGUUCAAAAAGCUUUUCAGGAGAAAAAAUCGCAUGAAAAAGAACGAGAAUAACUCAAGUCCAUCUUCAAAUGAUAGUAGAAUUUGCAAUGAAAUACUUACAGAAGAAGAAGAAGAAAGUAAUGAUGAUGAUGAUGAUGGUAAGGAGUCUGUUGAUGAAGAUUUUUUAAGCUUUCAAGAUUGCAAUGAAGUCGUUGAAAUAGACACAGAGGACAUUAAUUCUAAUGACAUCGGAGAUGAUGUUUGUGAAGUUAAAUUGAAAAGGUGGUGGAAAUAUGUAUUUUGUAUUGUACUUCUUUCGGGUCUUUUAGGAGGUAAAGGUUUUGCAUUGUUCUUGACUAUAGCUUGGUGUCUCCUUUCUGUAAGCGCUGGAGCAAUGUUGGUGAAAUGGAAGAUGGUGUCAACAGAUAGAUUCGUGCGAUGAUUUUGCUCGGUUUUUUUUUUAAUAAUGUUUGUGGCUCCUUAAUUAGGGAAGGAGGCCUUUUACAUGUAACAAGAUUUGUUUACUUGUCAAUGCUCAGGAUGUUGGAGGUGUGAAAUGGUGAAGGUAUGCAUAACAAAACUGUUAAUCAAAUUUUAUAGUUUCUUGCUUGCAAUUCACUU